AUGGAAACGGGAAUCGCUCCCAGAGAGGCCUCCGAUCGACUUACCGUAUUCCAAGCGAAAUUCGACGAGCUCUGGCGCAAGUAUACCACUUAUUCUAGUGGCGAGGAGCUAUUUGGCUUGGAAGUAACGGAGUACCCUGAUCUUCAACGUAUCAAAAAGGAAUUGACACUGUUGCAGAAGCUCUACCAACUGUAUAAUACCGUUCUCGACACGGUUAAUGGUUAUUACGAUAUUGCUUGGACAGAAAUCGACAUUGAUGCUAUUAAUCAGCAACUAGUGGAUUUCCAAAACAGGUAA